UUGGCUGAUGCUUUUUCCCGGAAGUAGGCGCAAGAUAUAAAUACCAUAUUUUCUCACACCGCGACGUUUUUAACAUUUAUAACCUCAUCUGCUGAGUUUAGGAAGACCUCCUGUCCACCGAAUACUUAUUUCCAGGAAAACCAUGUCGAGUCAAAUGUGUUUCGCCAAAGGCAUGACGGCGCACCGUCACAUCGGGACAUUGCUGGUUUUACGAGCAGAGGAGCAGGUUCGGCAGCGCGCGCACUCAGAGUACUUACAAGCAGACAACGUGUGUAGACAGAAAAGGGAGAACGCACGCCUAAAAAGUAAAGAUAAAGGGAGCCCUGAGCCCGGUCCCGUUCCCAAGGGCCAAAUCCGACUGUACAGCAUGAGGUUCUGCCCCUUCGCCCAGAGGACCAGGCUGGUGCUGAACGCCAAAGGCAUCAAGCACGAAAUAAUCAACAUCCAGCUGAGGGACAAACCCGAAUGGUUCCUGAAGAAAAACCCCUUGGGUCUGGUCCCCCUCCUGGAGACGGUGGCAGGGGAGCUGAUCUACGAGUCCCCCAUCACCUGUGAAUACCUGGAUGAGGAGUACCCUGACAGGAAGCUGCUCCCCUCCACGCCCUAUGGGAAAGCCCAGCAGAAAAUGAUGCUGGAGAACUUCUCCAAGAUCCCUCCAUUCACCUACAAGAUCCCGAUGGGCAGACAAAAGGGUGAGGAUGUUUCAGGACUGCUUGACGAGCUGAAGGAGAAGUUUAACAAACUAAACGAGGAUCUGGCGAAGAAGAAGACCAAGUUCUUCGGUGGCGACAGUGUCAGCAUGAUCGACUACUUGAUGUGGCCGUGGUUCGAGAGGCUGGAGGUCUUCAAGUUGACCGACUGCUUAGACGGUGCGCCCGAGCUGCAGAAGUGGGUGGAGCGCAUGUCAGAGGACCCUGUUGUCAAAUCCUGCCGGCACAGCGUGGACACCUAUGAGGCCUACUACAAGACCUACCUAGAAGGAAAACCCAACUUCGACUAUGGCCUGUAGUUCUAAACCUACUUCAACCCUCCACUUCUCUUUGUUAAAUGUGUUGCUGCUGCUUACUUCUCUGAAUGUGCACAACGAGCAGGAGUGGAAAUAUAACCGUCACUAUCGUCUCAAUUAGUGCGUUCAUGUCGAUUAAACAAAAUCAAAAACAAUGUUGGUGUUGAAUAAUUUUACUGUUUUAUCAUCCAAGAAGGAGGUAGUUUGUUUGCUAACCUGGUUUCUUUGGAGUGACAACUGUGGGGCAGAAGUAGCAAAAAAGGAGUAAAUAAAAUCAGUCUGGAGAGUGUCCAUCCAGACUGAGGCCAAUCUGGCCACCAAAACACCUGGAAAUGAUGUGUCAAUAAAGUUCAUUUUUUCCCUUCA